AUGCUUUGGGCUUGUGAUUUCGUUGCUUUGCUUGAAAAUGCAAUCAACAAAGGUGAAAAUAUAGGUGACCUAUUCUGUCAACAUAUCCCAUCAAAAUUUGAACCUUUAUACCUUUACUAUUGCUCCAGGCAAACUACUUCAAAUAACAAGCUUAUCCAGCUUUUACAAAAUGAUCCAAGUGUUCAACUCUGGCACGAUCAAAGCUCUGCUAAACUUCAAGGUCUCACUAAUGCUUGGGAUUUACCUUCCCUAUUGGUAAAACCCUUUCAACGUAUUCUCAAGUAUCCUCUACUCAUCAACAAUCUCAUUAAAUGCAAUCAAAACAACGUGCCUUCGCUAAACAACGCUCUCACUCACCUUCACUCUCUCGCUGAGAGAAUCAACGAUGCUAAAUUCCGGAAAGACUCAGUCGAUAAUGCUCUCCUAAUGCACAUGCACACAUCCGACGACAGUCCAGCGCGCUCACCGCUUAUACCAUCCUCAACUUCCAUGCCAAAUAGUUUUAAAAAGACUCCACCAAUGCUGCCUUCAAAGAAAAGCAGAACAUUUUUGCGUCGCAGAUCUAAAUCCACCACCCAUCCGAACUCCAUCACUACCUCCAUCGCUUCAUCACCCAUACAAUCCACACAAAAUCUCGCUAAUGAGGAUAUGCAACAAAAUGGACCACCUGUAUACUCACAAGAGCAUUCAAUUGCCUCCAACACUAUCAUCCGAUUGCUCGAUAGUGAAUUACACCAGCUGACUUUGUUCACCAAAAACAUCAACGAUUGGCUUAACACUGUUAGUUUAGAAUUACACCAGCUAGCGAAAUUAGUUGGGAGAUGGUAUGCUACUUCUUCGCUUGAUGCUUUUUCCCAUAUAAAGAAAGUAAAUGGGAAUGAAAAUGAAUCUACAAUUACUAUAGACGCAUAUGCGAGGAUCAUCAGGGAGAUUUUCAAAAUACCAUAUGGUGCACUAGUGACCCAAAUAGACAGUCGAAUUCAUUAUCGUCUCAAGGAAAUAAUGAAACUGUCGACUAACCCGCAUAUCAUUAUAGCUCGACGUAACGAGUUGAAGCGGGAGUUUGACGACUCAGUUGGGAUGAUUCCAGCUAAGAAUAGAUGGUCAUCCACUCAACUCAUCUUUAAUGCUCACGAAGCGUUCAAGUCAUUCCAUGCACUAGAUCUUCAGCUUAGGUUGGAGUUACCUGUGUUUAUUCAAGGUAUGAGGAGAGCGUUAAGGGGUGUUGUUAGGGAUUUUAUUGAGAUACAGACGAAAUUCUACGAGGAGAGUGCAAAGCUGAGGCAGAUGUGGUGCGAACAGUGGUGCACUUUCAAUCAUGAACAUACCCCGCAGCGUAUUGAGAAGGAUUGGGAGAUAAGAUUUGGGAUAAUAUCAGACCGUCUAGAUAAACUGAAUCUCCAGAUAGCGCCGAGCAACGAUGGUCGACAGAGUGAUAUGAGUGAGAGGGAGAGUGAUGGGAUGUUGAAGAGACGCGGUGAAUCGCCCAGCACUAACAACGUGAAUACCAACGUGAAAAUUUUGGACACACACAGACAGUCCAUAUCCGACGACAUGACUAAUCCAGAAACAUCAGCACAUGCCAGUCAGAGAUCAUCUGGAAUAUACAUGGACUCGCCACCCACACCUUUGUCAAUAUCGAAUGACAAAUCGAAUGACAAGUCACAUGACAAACUGCCCACGCCAUCGUUCUACACGAGGAUGCUGCCACAAUUAUCGCUCGACAGCUACCGGACGGCGUUUAGCAAACAGCCGACAACGGAUAAACUAGAAGAUGGCAAUUCGAUAUCACUCUCUCUAAGCAGUUUCGAUGUGGAGACAGACAGACUAGCAAGGGCUUGGAUUGAAAUUGGGAGGAGAGGAGAGUUCGCGUACAUAUACCAACCAAGAUAA